AUGAAUGACAACUUCAACUCGAUCUACAUGCCCUGGAUGCAUGAGGCCGUUCUCGCCAGUAUGGGCGCGAUGCCGUCCGCCAUCGAUCCUUUGCACAUGGAGAACGCGUUGGGACUCAAGCGUAAACGGUCGAUAUCCGGUGGGCGACCACAGGAAGGUCUUUCUCAGGCACACUCGCCCGCGAUCCUGCAUGCACCGCCGCUCAUCCCCCCGUACCCAUUCGUAUCCGUCGAUCUAAACUCGACCAACCUCCACGACUCCUAUCCCGUCGUGCCGCUGCCGCGCCUCGAGUCGCUGCCGCAGCCGAGCGAAGCCGCGGCCGCCGCUCCUCCAAUCCAGUACCCCCGGAUAGCCAAGCUCAAGCAGAAGCAGGUCCAUCAUAUCCAGCUCUCGGGCAUCGUUUCGGCUAUUCUUGAAGACACCGUCAAGCACAUCGAGUCGCUCAUGUUCAAGACCAAGGACGAUCUCCUCAGACGCAACUACGCGGUCGAUCAGAGCCUAAGUCGAGCGCUCGAGCAUAGGAUCUGCAGCGCUCUCAUGGAGCGAAUGAGCCACGAGAGGAUCCGCGCAUCCGACGACACCCUUCAAGCGGCCUCGCCAAAGACAUCCAAGUCAUCAGGAUCAUCGGCAGUACCUGUAACCGAUCCCAACGUGUGCCCAUCGAGCUCCAAUGCCGAAUUGGCCGACAUGAAUGCCGAGCUCCUAAUGGCGCUCGCAUCGGAACCUGCCAUAGCUCGAAACCCAGCAUCCUCAGCCAGUGCAGCGACAGCAGCACAAGUAUCGACCAACAGUGCCCAAGUGACACAAUCGCAGCAGAAACAUGUCGUAUUGGAUGAGCUGACCUAUGGCGAGCGGCUAUUGUAUCGACUAACCGAGUGGUUCAUCAGCCUCGAGGACCUUCCCAUAAACGAAGCCCUCAAGCGCAAGAUCCUCGAGCUGAUAGUGGACUCGUUCCCGACGAGUCUCUUGAAAACACUGCAGGCCAAGUGGAAGCUUGACGAAUUGCCAUGGCUAUUAUGCCAGCAUCCAGGCUGCCACAAGUUCUUCAAGCGACCACAGUAUCUCCGCGAGCACACAAAACGAUGCCAUUCGCUAGACAAGCCGUUCGUCUGCAAGUUCGAAGGCUGUGGCAAGAGCUACAUGAAGUCCUACAUGCUCCGACAGCACCAAAUCAUCCACACGAGCGAACGGCCGUUCGUAUGCACUUUCGAGGGAUGCGGCCGCUCAUUCCAGAGCAAGAGCUCCAAAGCUCAUCACGAAUGCACCCAUGCUUCCGAACGGUCGUUCAAGUGCCCGAGCUGUCACAAAACCUUUGUUCGCAAGGAUAAUCUCAAGAAACAUCUCAAGACUCACAUGGUCAUCCCUAAAGACGACUCCACGGCCAAGCCAAGCCCUGCUCCAGAAAUCAUACCCUCGGAAGCGACCCCGCAGCUUCAACCCAGCGAUGCGGACAUGCUGUUUCACCCUCCUCUACCUCUCUCCAUUGAUCUGGCGUUCCUCAAGACGACACUCCCAUUCUUAGACUCGCCGGCAACGCCUUCGACAGAGCUCCCACUUCCUGACGGUGUGCCGAUUUACCAAGACACGCUGGAUCAUCUCCCAUUCGACUUGUCUCACAUCGCUCCCAAUGCCGAGCCCAUGUCGCCAUCCAGUCUGGCGACAGCUUCGUCUCCGCUGUCCAUGCUACUGCUGAAAAACCUCUCCGCAACCACGUCGAGCACGCCCGAUACCAUGCCAUUCGCUUCUGCGACAACGGACCGUGAUACUCUGCCCAUAACCCUCACAGUGCCGGCCUCGACCGCCGCGACGACAGAGCCUUCGAUCCUGGAGCAGCUUCUGGAGCUCGCCAAGACCGUCACUCCAGACAACGAUCCAGAGCCGGACGAGCAAAAUCCAGCAGGCGGAUCAUCGCCGCUGUUACUCAUGUCCUUGAUGGACUCGGCUACGAGCCCGUCAGAGUGUUAUUUUGACAUGCUUCUGAAAUAG